UGAGGGGAGUAGGAGACACAUUCCGUCCACACACGUCCGACUUCAGGACCAGCAGGAACACAGCACCCCCAGAUCCACAGCAGCAGAGCACAGCACCAAAGAAGGAUCCUUUGUUGGAAGUACGUUUUGUGCUAUCUGAGGGGCUUCUAUUUCACCGUACAACCACCUUUGGGGCAAGGUUGAGGCUCUUUUUGCAAUAAACGCCAUCUCCCGCCUAGUCUUCUCUUUUACAGUUUGUUGCAUUCUUCAUUAAUUGGGCUUGUGACUCCGAUAGAAUGAAUAGCUUUGACUUUAGCUUGCUUGAGGAAGGAUUCACUGCCCAGGACAUCCUGGAACAGAAAAUCAAUGAAGUUUCCUUGUCUGAUGACAAGGAUGCUUUUUAUGUAGCUGAUCUUGGUGACAUUGUAAAGAAACAUAUCCGGUGGCUUAAAGCACUUCCACGUGUAACACCAUUUUAUGCCGUUAAAUGUAACGACGGCAAAGCCAUUGUGAAGACAAUAGCCAAUUUGGGGGCAGGAUUUGAUUGUGCCAGCAAGGCUGAAAUUCAGCUUAUCCAGAACAUUGGUGUCCAACCAGAGAGAAUCAUUUAUGCCAACACAUGUAAACAAAUUUCAGAGAUAAAAUACGCAGCAAGCUGUGGUGUUGAGAAGAUGGCAUUUGAUAGCGAAGGGGAACUAAUGAAAGUGGCCAAGAAUCACCCCAAUGCCAAACUUGUGCUGCGAAUAGCAACAGAUGAAUCCAAGACUGUGUGUCAGCUCAGUAUGAAGUUUGGUGCCACUCUUAAAACAAGCAGGUUGCUUCUUGAGCGUGCUAAAGAAUUGAAUAUUGAUGUCAUUGGCGUAAGCUUCCAUGUUGGCAAGCACUGCAGAGACCCACAAACCUUUGUUCAAGCUAUAUCUGAUGCUCGCUGUGUCUUUGAUAUGGGAGCUGAACUUGGCUUCAACAUGCACUUACUUGACAUUGGUGGCGGCUUCCCUGGAUCCAAGAAUGCCAAGCUGAACUUCGAAGAGGUGAUAUCAGUGAUAAAUCUAGCCUUGGAUCAAUAUUUCCCUUCUGACUCAGGUGUGAAAAUUAUUGCAGAGCCUGGAAGAUACUAUGUGGCAUCUGCGUUUACACUGGCUGUCAAUGUUAUCGCUAAGAAAGUCAUGCUGACUGAACAGGGCUCUCAUGGUAUGUAAUGCACAUGAAUACAA